AUGACUGAAAUUUUGGAAAAGUUUCGCAUUUGUGAUACGAUCGACACGAAUGUGAAACGAGAAAUCAAAUUAUUUCAUGUUUUCAAUGACUGGAGUAAUGAGAAAAAUAUUUUGUUUGUCACGAACGAUGACAUUGUCUAUGGUAUGGGUGAAAACAGUGAGGGGUGUCUGGGUUUUGGUCACAAUAAUGGCGUCAAAACACCGCAUAUUAUACUCGAAUUGCGCGGACAACGGAUCCAACAGUUUAUCACUGGAUAUGACUUUGUGUUGGCUCUCAAUGAGGACAACCAUGUGUUCAGUUGGGGACACAAUACUGAGGGACAUCUAGCGCUCACCACCGAUGGACAGGUGUACGCGUGGGGCGACAAUAGUGUUGGCCAAGUAGGUACAGAUACCAUCAAACAGGACAUCAUAUUUCUGGUUUUGGUGCUAACUGAUGGCAAUGUUCAUUACAAAAGUCUGUUCAUUGAAUUAUCGGCAAUAGGAUCGGGAGGCUUUGGGACCUUAUUAAAAGUGAAGCAUAAAUUUGAUGAACAGAUAUAUGCCGUCAAAAGAGUCCAGUUUCAAAAAUAUCAACUAAAAGUUUAUAAUGAAGUGAAGAAUUUACAAAAAGUUAAUUCAGAAUAUUGUGUGCAAUAUUACAAUUCAUGGACUGAAACCAAAUACCUUUGCAUUCAAAUGGAAUUUUGUUCACAGAAUAUGCGGAAUAUUCUUAAAGUGAAACCACAGGUAUUUGGCCGAGAAUUAGGAGAAGCCAUGGAUUGUGUCGAGUAUUUCAUUUCGUGUGAAAUAUUCCGUCAGAUCUUAGAAAGUGUUCAGUAUUUGCAUGAAUUGAAUCCACAGAUCAUUCACAGAGACCUCAAACCGGAAAACAUAUUAAUCGCUGAGAAUGUAAGGAACGGUAGAUUUAUCAAAUUAUGCGACUUUGGUUUGGCUACAGUUCACGACAAAGAACUCAAUUAUAUUACUCGCGAUAAACAUUCUACAGGCGUGGGCACUAUAAAGUACCAAGCACCAGAAAUAGCACAGGGUAAUAAAUAUGGUCAUAAGGUAGACAUUUAUAGUCUGGCAAUAAUUGGUGCAGAACUAAUUGAUUUCGAUAUGUUUUAUUUUAACCCUGAUAAUUACGAAAACCUUUACUCCGGAAAUGAAAUUCUAAACACAAAAAAGUUACUUAUCGAUGACUCGGAGUCUGAGACCAAACAUGGAUCGGCACCUAUAGAGGGGACGACCUCUGGUUUAGCAGACAUAAUUAUGUGA